CAUGUGCUGUGUUCUCAGUGUGAAUCGUUCCGUCCAAUGGUCGGGGACUCCCUCCUGGUUGGGGACUCCAGGCAGCUGCCUAAGUUGCUUUGACAGGCCUUGUUAUUGUUGCUGUUGUUUUGGUUGUUGGCGAUGUAGUGGUGGUGGAAGCCGCAGCCGCUAAACGAAACAACCACUGUAGGCACAGCACGCGCCACACAAAGGCGCGAGUGAUAACGAGAGAGGAAGAGAGAGAUCGCAACAGCGCAAGAUGCCGAAGGUGAAAUCUGAGAAGCGCAGCGAGGUGUCGGCGGCGCCCUACGAGUCGCCGGUGAAGAACGGCAACGGCACCGCCAACGGAGACAACGGGCACGCGGAGGAGGAGAAGGGCGCAGUGGGCACGGUGCCCACGGCGGGCUUCCGCGACGCCGGCCGCGCGCGCCUCACCCUCGAGCAGCUUCGCGAGCGAGACUCCGCCUAUCAAUACCAGGUUGUAACAUCUCUGAUGAGACGUGCCAAAACUAUUCUCUCUCACACCAAGGACACAGAGAAAGUUGCCAACCUCACUGAAGCAAUCAAGACUUACCUUGAAGUGGAUUACCAACAGGUUUUUGAUGAUUGGGUGAAUGAUUAUAAAGCACACAAUCGAUCUCGUGAAAAUUUCAAUUACCUGCCUCUGGAGUCAAUGGAGGGUUAUGAAGCAUUAGCAGAGCGAUACGGCAUUAAGUCAGAUAAACCAAGUGAGAACUUUUUGCAGGUGUUUCGGGAUCUCAAAGGAGACUCCCGUGCCUUGCGGACCACCAAAGUGCCAGGAUCCGAAGAAGGGGAGGAUGAAGAGACAAUCACGUGGGACAUCCAGCGUAACAGGCAUCUCAAAGACAUCAACGGACGCAUUCGCAAGGAGUACAUCCCUCUCUUCGAAACUGAUCAGCCUCUGCGAGGCCUCCCCAGUAAAGAGCACACACAGAUGAUUAUGUGGGGAUACAGCCCAGAACCCACAAAAAUUAAAAAGUGCAUUCCACAAAUCGCUGAAAAACUGAAAGCUGAAAACUGAGCAGCUGCCAAAAGUGGAAGUAAAUUGCAAUGCUAAAUAUGUUCCUUCUCUGAAUUUUUUUUUCUUUUUUUUUUUCCCCCAACCACAAAUGCACGAAGUGUUAGUCUGCAGCAACUGGUAUCUAUGGAUGAAAUAAUUUGAAUGUACGUGUAUAUAUGUAUUUAGAAACGGAAUUGAAUGUAAAUUAACAACAUAAGAACCAGAUAAAAAGAAUUGAAAAUGUAUCAGUGUUACAAGAUAUAUCAAGAUCUGUAGUAACCUAAUCAUUGGUUAUGCACAAUUAGUAGCCUACAUGAAUUAACACGGGUGUUAGAUUACGAUUUUUGUAAUUAAUUUUUUAAAAUGUUUAUUCAUAUAUGUAAAUGUAAGGAUCACAAUUCAUUAAAGUAUUUUUCACAAAUUUGUUGAACAUUGAAUUUGGAACCAAAUACCAAGUGAAUUGAAUAUUAUCCUAAUUUGUUGAUCAUAUUAUUAACUCUGAUGUGUCUUACUGCUUCCAUUUUUUCUUACAGGUCUCAUAUGAAAUAAGAGAAAAUGCACUGGGGCAACUACAGAGAUCCCUCCCUACCACCUGCAAAUAAUAUUAAAAGACCACUUCAAUGCAAAAUGAAGGUCUAAUAUCACAAUUUGAUUUAGUAAAAAGCUAAAAUCUAUUACAGUUUAAGUCCAAAAUAUGGGUAAUUCGCACUUUAUCCAGAUGUUUGAGUAAAAGUAAUAAUCAUGUCAGACAUCCGGAAAAUGUUAACAUUAUCUUCAGAAUAUCGACUAAGUAAUGAUAUUGUUCAAGGGGAUCCAAAAAUACUUUUUUCAACACCCCCUACAAUGAAAAUUUAAUUAAAAAAAUAACUUUUAAAAAGGAUUUUUCAAGAAAUAUUGAUGUUAACUUGUGACCCACUCAAGUUGAAGUUUAAAAGGAGGUUAACAUAGGUUUUCAUCUCUUUCAGAUAUAGCAUGUUUCAUGGCCAUGAUUCUCAACAAUCUUGAUUUGACGAAUGAUUAGGAUUAAUCUCUUAGGAUCACAAAAUUGGAAUGUUCUUUUUUUUUACAGCUUGCAUCUGUCAAACAUGAUUUUUUUCUUAAAAAUUCAAUUUUUGUUGAAAUGUUUCUUACUGUUUUU